UUUUGUGAUGAAUUUGGCAUAAACAUUUUGUUGUUUUUCUGAUAGGUUGUGUUUUUGCUUUGUUUUGUUUCUCGUUUUGUUUCCCGUUUUCUUUCAUUUCCCGCGCCAAGUAUUUGUUACGCGCGAUGCAGCAUUCAAAUUCCUUUGAAUUGUUUUCUUUCUCUUAUGUUAUUCUGGUGAAGUCUUGGUGGCAUAUCGUCUGGGAAAGACGUCUUUUGGUUGAGAUAUCGGGUGUUAGCGAAGUUUUCAGUGAGAGACUGGUGCGAGCAGGGGAGAUGUUAGAUAUACUCGCAGCAGUAUUUGGUCGUGAGGAUCCCAGGGGAUACGUGUUGGGAAUUUCGUGUGUAGUAGGGUACCACCGGUGCAGUCACGGGGAUCCUUUUGGCGUGGUUGGUGCGAUGGAGCUUGCGUGCGUGCUGCGCACUUCUUCCCUCUCUCUCUCAACCACCACCACCGUCUCUCUCCAAUCAAGUUUCCUUCUCCCACUCUCUCUCCAACUCUCUCUCAACCUCUCUCUCUCGGUCUAACACGGCCGACUACCCAGUGCCCCAAGUAACGUCCAGAACGUGCUUGCUGCACCCCGCGUAGUUUACCUUUCAAGUCUAGACUAAUGGUUCGAAGCGUGCGCGACUCGGCGAGCAUAAUGUCGAGCGAUGGAACCGCAGCCCAAGCAUCCGAGGCGCGAAAGCGUCAGCACUACGCUCGUCCGGGACACGUGUCCUUUGACGAACGCAGCUUUAAACUUACCACCUUAGCCGUGGAAAGCUUUGGCCGCCUUGGAGAGGAGGGUUACGAGUUCAUCGAUGAACUUGCGACACAUGCCGCGGGAGGAAGGGAUGGAGGAACGAUGUCUCUGAAAGGAGUCUUCAAGGAACGACUUCCUCGGAUCGUUUCGGUGGCUACACAGGUGGCCAUAUCUCGGCGAGUGCAGAGGUACAAGCUCGCAUUGCGCGGGCGUCAAGACGCCGAAAACAGGCGAACAAGAUCGACCUCGAACCAGUCAACGCCAAUGAUAUGAGGAUGGAGUGUAGACGCAUCGUAGAACGCGUUUUCGUUUGAAGUUGGCGUCUUGUUUGGGAGUAGAUGUGACAGAUUUGCGUAGAAUAGGGUAAGAUGUUAUCAUGAACGGAGAAGAAAGGGCUUUUCCAACACGGAGAUGUAGCAUGGAUCAACGCAUUUGUUGGAUAUCAGCUUUUACAAGAGGACAUCAACGCAGUAACAGUAUUAAUAGUAUUUUAGCAAGCUUACGAACGCAUGUAGGAUACCAUGUGGAUUGUCAUUGGUUUUAUUUCAAACUGAAGAGGAGAUAUUUUUACGAUGUAAGUGACGGUAGAAAUAUGUUCUAGUCUACAUAUGUUGUUGUACUUCGUAUUGGUUUAAUAUUCAUGUAGAG